GCAUGUUGGCGUUUUUGACGUUGAACAUCCGAUGACGUUUCUAUAUCCGUGUAAAGAUGGCGGACGUAGAGGAGUCCAGCAAGCCUUUGUUUGCAGGUUUAUCUGACAUUUCAAUAUCGGAAGACAUUCCAGUGGAGGGGGACAUAUCUGUGCCGAUAGGCUCGCAAAAUGCUGACAAUGACCUCUCGACGCUGGAUGAGCCUGUCAAAGACACCAUUAUGAGGGAUUUGAGAGCUGUUGGGCAGAAGUUUGUCCAUGUGAUGUACCCCAAGAAAAGUUCUGCACUCCUCAGAGACUGGGAUUUGUGGGGACCUCUCUUACUCUGUGUCACCCUGGCCUUAAUGCUCCAGGGUGGGUCGGCAGACAGUGAGGAAGAUGGCAGGCCGCAGUUUGCAGAAGUCUUUGUCAUCAUUUGGUUUGGUUCUGUAAUCAUCACCCUUAAUUCUAAACUCCUGGGAGGAACUAUUUCCUUCUUCCAGAGUCUGUGUGUGUUGGGGUACUGUAUUCUGCCUCUCACUGUGGCCAUGAUUGUUUGCCGCAUUGUUCUGUUGGGGAGCUCAGGCGGCAUUAGUUUUGCUGUCCGCCUCAUAGUUGUCACCGCCUCCUUCGGCUGGUCAACAUUUGCCUCAACAGCUUUUCUUGCAGACAGUCAGCCGGCCAAUAGAAAAGCUCUGGUUGUGUAUCCGGUAUUCCUGUUUUACUUUGUGAUCGGCUGGAUGAUUUUGACAUUUUCGCCCUCUCGUUAGCAUACAUAUACCCUAUGCCAGUAGCACAACAGACUUCCCUUUCUUUAAGACAACCAGUAUAGUAGACCGCCUAGGAGCUGGCCAACGAUUGUUCUAAACCAAAAGAGGCGGAAAACUUUGACUUUGAUGGAGAUUCACAAAGUGACAAACAGAGGAGAGUUUGGGUAUUCAUCGAUGUAACUGUAACUCCUGCCAUCUCUCAUUCAGAAGGAUAAGAGGACAGAAGAGAUGUGAAGGACUCAAUUCAGCACUACAAAUUUAACAGCAGCCUACAUCAGUCUCACCAGACUACAGAUGCUAACUCAUUGUGUUAUUGUAUGUAUGUGUAAAUAUUUGAGUCUGGAUGUGUUUAAUUAAAUUGAAGUAUGUGAUCACACCUCUAGACAUGCUUAGUACCGUGUGUUGGGUAUGAGCCGUUUCAUUGUUUGUGUGAAUGAAUGGAUGUGUUUACGGGAUUGUAUGUGUGUCUGGUUCUGUUGAGAGCUGUAAAAUCUUGCUGAAGAAUUAUCCAGCUCUUGUUAGACUGCACAUUCAGUGAAGUGUUUACUGGCAGGUGAUUCGCCUCACAGCACCGUACACAUCAGCAGGCCUCGAGAUGGUUGAAGUUUCUUUUCUUUGGUCUUUUCCCUUUUGUUCUGAUGUUUGGGGUUCAUUUCAUUUAUUUCGGUGUUCUAACCGCUGGUGGAUGUUAAAACAUUCCUGAAUGAAAUAAAAAGCAGCUUUCUAAGUACUACAGAA